AAGUCGAGGAGGCGGGGCUUGUCUCACGUUGAGGUAAGAAAAUUAACACGCAGUUUAAUCGGAUGCUGUAGCGAAAGGCGCGUGCUGCUUUAUCAAAUCACAGCUGAAAAAGGCCCGUGCUGCUGGAAGAGCUCCACCAUUCCCAUUUGUUUUAUCUUCAGACUUCAGAAGUGCGCAGUUUAACAGACCGCUGCUCAUCAUGGCUGUCGACGGAUGUGGACUCGUGUGCAAAUAUAUUCUCAUCCUUUUCAACAUCAUCUUUGCUGUGGUUGGGACGGCGUUUCUGGGCCUCGGUUUGUGGCUCAGAUUCAGCGAAGGCACCAGAGGGAUCUUUGAUAUCGACGCGCUCAACUCCAGCGCUUUCGUCAUAGGUGUGACCGUGCUGAUCAUUCUUGGUUCAAUCAUGCUGAUUGUGGUGGCGUUCGGAGACUACGGCGCCUGCAAUGAGAAAAAAUGUGCCCUGCAAGUGUUCUCCAUCCUGGUCUUCUUUCUGGCUGUGGCCGAGUUUAUCAUCGGAGGACUUGCCUAUUCCAACAGAGACACGGUUGGACUGAGACUAGGAGAGUUUUACACAACUUUAUACACCCUCUAUGUGAAUAGCCAAGAUCCAGCAAUUGGUGUCACACUCACAUUCAUCCACAACUCGCUGCACUGCUGUGGAAUGACCGGAGUGCCGCUAGUUGAGCUGGUGAAGCAGACCUGUCCUAAACCAGACGGUAUCAUGGAGCACCUCGUCAUGCCUAACUGUCCCGCUACCAUCAUCACCGUCUUCGACAGCCGGGCGCCACUGGUGCUGGGCAUCUUCGUCGGAACUGGAGCUCUUCUGAUCGUAGCUCUGAUUUGCAGCGGAGUUCUCAGUUCACAGAUUCGCCAUGCCUCCUCAUCUCCUCAGUACAUUAUCCUGAACUCCAGCACCCCCUCCCUGGCUGCCCCUCAGCCGUACCCUCAGCCGUACCCUCAGCCUGUCACCGCCUCCAACAACUCCUUCCCCAACCAGGACCCCGCUGUCUUCACAUCCCUCUCUGUGGUCAACGUCCCUGUGGCUCAGGCUUAGGAGGCUUCUCGACAGAUUCCAUUCUCGCUGUUGUGGAUUUGUGUUGUUCCACAGCGUCUUGACGUGACAAACCCUUUGCUUCACUCGGCAUGAUCACGCUUGAGCUUCACACUUUGUAGAAGGAAAAAAAAUCCCCCCCUCAGAUAUCUAAACUGUACUUUUGGGAAGAUCAUUCUCCAAGAAAUUGGGAAAAGCACUUGUUCUGAUGCAACCGUUGGGUUUCUAUUGGUCAGAACUUUACACACCUCCAGCACGGACAUGAAUUUCAUGAUAAUU